CCUUGCAGGCUUUUGCUCUCUGGGAGCUUGUAAUAAGACACACUCCUCCUACAAGGGUUCAUGCUACAACAUAACAAAGAAUCUUACAUUGUUGGAGGAACAGUGUAUUCAUUUUGGCAUUGUGCAGAGCAAAGCAAACCUGGUGGUUAUCUACUCCACCCCUCAAAAUGAUAGCAGUUUCUGCAGUCAGCUUUGCGAUCCUUUUGUCCCUUUUCUGUGAAGCAAGUACUGUCGUCUUACUCAAUUCCACUGACUCAUCUCCGCCAACCAAUAAUUUCACUGAUACUGAAGCAGCCUUCAGUGCGCCACUACAGUCUGCGGAUAUCCCUAAAACCAGGCGGAAGCGCUACAUUUCGCAGAAUGACAUGAUCGCCAUUCUUGAUUACCAUAAUCAAGUUCGGGGCAAAGUGUUCCCACCAGCAGCAAACAUGGAAUAUAUGAUCUGGGAUGAAAAUCUUGCAAAAUCUGCUGAGGCAUGGGCAGCCACUUGCAUUUGGGACCAUGGACCAUCUUAUUUGCUGAGAUUUUUGGGUCAAAAUCUAUCUGUACGAACUGGAAGAUAUCGUUCAAUUCUCCAGUUGGUCAAGCCUUGGUAUGACGAAGUGAAAGAUUAUGCCUUUCCUUAUCCACAGGAUUGCAACCCUCGGUGUCCUAUGCGAUGCUUUGGUCCCAUGUGCACUCAUUAUACACAGAUGGUUUGGGCCACUUCUAAUCGAAUAGGAUGUGCAAUUAAUACUUGCCAAAACAUGAACGUCUGGGGAUCUGUAUGGCGACGUGCAGUGUACUUGGUGUGCAACUAUGCUCCAAAGGGUAACUGGAUUGGUGAAGCACCAUACAAAGUAGGAGUGCCAUGUUCAUCGUGCCCUCCGAGUUAUGGGGGAGCCUGUACUGACAAUCUAUGCUUUCCAGGAGUAACAUCAAACUAUCUGUACUGGUUUAAAUAAGCUUAUCCCCUUUUCCCCCCUCUGGGAGAUACAUUGGUUUUUGGACUCAUAAGCAUAUAUGUAUAUUGAAGUUUGAACAUAUUAUACAUAUUUUAUUAUAAUCCUGUUCUCAUUUUAGUAGUCAGUUGUCUAGUGUUGGUCUAGGAUGUUAAGUCUUAGAUAUAAGCAAAGCGUCAAUUUCUAAUUUUCUAACCUUAAAUUUAAAUUAAAAUAUUGUAUAUGUAGUGAUGACAUAAUUGUUGCAUCCAAUUCUAAAACCUGCAUUCCAGGGAAAUUGUGUUAUUAUGUCCCUAAAGUAUGAAAUGUACAUUCAAGCUAUAUGUGUAUUCCUAUGUAUACACAUGCGUAUAUAUAUGUGUGUGUGUGAUGUGACAUGUAGGCAAUAAUAUGAUGUGAUAGUUAACAAGAAAAAAUGAAAAAUAUAUUUGGGCUAAUGGAACAUUUUCAGGACCAUUUCUGCAAUACCCAUGAAAGCAUAGUUUACAACUCCAUGACAUUUGGAAAUAAUUUCAUUAAGCAACUGUAGAAUUCAUUCUGAAGAUACUUUAUUUGGGACUACAAAGUGUAUGCUGGAUUAAUGGAAGUUCCUAUAACACACCUUUUGCUCUAGUUUUCGAAUGAGUAAAUCCGUUAAGUGUUUACUCAACAAUUACUUUGACUAAUUUACUUUGCUGGUUAUGUUUUGAUGAUGCAACAAUUAUUACAUGUGAUUCCUGCCUUUGAGAAGCUACCAGAGAUGUCCUCAAAACAGCAUUUCCUGGUAAUAGUGUUAUAAAUUAUUUUUAAAUAAUCAUUUUUCAUGUAGUUUGAGGAACAAACAUAGAAAACAUUUAAAGGUGGAAUGGAUGAUAAGUGGUGCUGUCUUACAGAUAAAGUGUCUGUUUCCCAGAAAACUCCAAUAUCUAAAUGAAAUAUGGGAGGUGUCUUAGUUAUACUGCUGUGAAUAGACACCAUAACCAAGGUAGCUUAUAAAAAGAAACCAUUUAGCUAGGGGCUUGCUGACAGAUUCAGGGGUUAGUCCAUAGGAAGAUAGAGACAGGCAGGCAGGGGGCAUGGCACUGGAGCAGUAGCUGAGAGCCUACACAAUGAUCUGCAGGCAGGAGGCUGGGAGAGUGAGACUGGGCCAGGCCUGAGUUUCUGAAACAUCAAAGCCAACUCACAAAGACACACUUCCUCCAACAAAGUCACACCUUCUCCAACAUGGCAACACCUCCUGAUUCUUCCUGAACAGUUCCCUAAGCAACAUCCUAUGUGAACCAAAACAACCAUUGUCAUUUAAAUCACUAAGCCUUGUACAAAUCAACAACUGCUCAGAGAUUUCUGGAGCAGAAUAGGCUAGGCUGAACACAAGAUCCUCAGAAUACUGAUGAGGUCAAAGAAAAGUAAGAGCUAUGAAUAAUCACAGGACUAGCAUGUUGGUACAAAAAGACCAGACAGAAGGCUACAGAAGAGUUUAACACAUCUUGGGACCCAUUAACAAAAGUUGAAGGAUUUUAUAAAGAAAUGUAUAGGCUUGAGAGCACAUUCAUCUCAGUUUUCCCUGCCAUUAUUUGGAGGUCAAUCUACCUACCAUCUUGAGCUUUUGAAUACCAUAUUCAAAAUCAUACAUAAAUACCACAUAGAGUCAAUUUUGUUAAUAUAACCAUCAAUGGAAGUUUUUCAAAGACCUAAUUAUGAAACUUUAUUUUUAGAGAAGAGUAAUUUUCAAUUCCUCAUUAACUUUGUUUAUGAAAAUCAAGUAAAUGGUUACAAAGACUUUUCUCUUGAGAUUAGGAAAUACAUGUCUUAUUUUUCAAAGAGGACAAUACACUAUCUGGGCCAAGACAUGGAGCAAAUUAUAUCUCAAACGUGUGUGUGCGCACGUGCAUGUGAGCUUGAGUAUAGAUGUACAGAGCAAGUAAACAUGGUCUCUUCAGACAGCAAAUAACAGAAGAAGGAUCCAUAUUUAAAUUCUAUACACAGCUGCAGCUUCUUAGGUGGAUGCAUUGAAAGAUGACAGAUAGUUAAUUAGAUCCAUUCAAUGGGAGAAAAAUCCACCAUCUGGAUACUGGGGCUACUUGAUGACAAACAAAUGGUCCAAUUACUUUUAAACACUGACAAUUGGAACCAAAUGUUUUAUUACUAAGUGACCUUGCCUUGUGGAAACAUAUAUGGGCCUUAUUCAAAUAAGUAUUUUGGGAAUACAUUAGAGAACAGAAGUAUUAUAUAAUAUAGAGUUGAUCCAAUUUUCUUUUCUUUCUUUCGUUUUAUUUCCCUUGAGACAGUAUCACAUAUACCAGGUUGACCUUAAACUUACUAUGUUGUCAAGAAUGACCCAACUGACCCCUGAUCCUCUUGCCUCUAACUCUGAACACUGGGUUUGGAGGUGUGUGCCAACUGGCCAUUUGGUGAUACGUGCUUGCCUCACUUAAGAGUGUUUUCAUCUUUAAUGUUACUGAAGUAAAAAACUAUAUAAACAGAAGUAUACAACUCUUAUUUCCAGGUUUCUUUCUAGCUUGCAUGGGUAACUGGGUUUCUCAGAUUGAAGGAAAAAUAAUGAUGUUUGAUAUGUAGUUCACAGGUUUGCCCAUGAAGGUUAAUUCAUCAUAUUUACAGAAAUUUGUGAAUAUUAAAAUGAUCACAACCAGAGCUUCUCCUUGGCAUGGACUCCAUGUAAUUCAUUGUAUUAUCACAGCAUGUUACACAGUGGCUGUAGUGUAGUAAAUGUUUAGUAAAGGGGAGUUUUCAGAAUUAGUUUAAAAGUCUAAACUUGUGAAAUUUCAAAUGAAUUCUUCUUCCCAUGCUUUUAAAGACCCCAAGUUCUCUAACACAUAAAGGUUUGCAUGUAGCAAAACCUUAAACAAAUCAUACAUGGUAUGAAAUUGAAACUAGGGUCUACAGACUUACAAAACAACCUUUUCAAAACUGCAACAGGACCAGUAGCUUUUUGAUGCAGUAACAACUGAACUGAAAACACAACGGGUAUAUUUGUUAUUCUGUCUGUAACUUUUAAUAUCGGUAUAUAAAAUGGCUAUGUGAAAUAUUUUCUUUCCUGGGCUAAUGCAAAUGACAGUUUGCUUGUAUCAAUGUAGUGUCUUACAUUUUCACAGGGUGCUAGGUUAAAAGACUUUCACUGUAAUUCUCAGAGGUGCGACAGAUUUGGUUGUGAACUGUUUCAUACAGAGAGCUUUAAAUAGUCAGCAUUAAAGUUUUAAUUUGGAAAAUUCUCAUUAAAAAUAAUAUGACUGACAGCAUUGAUGUCCCCCAAUGCUAUUUAUUUAGUAGAAAAAUAACAUUUUGCUAUAAUAUACUUUUUUACCUUCAUGUGGGAAAGACAACUAAAAUGAAGUCAAUGAUUUCUACUAUGAAAUUCUUACAAUGACAGAUAAGGUUGCUGUGAUAACAUAGAAGCUGAGUUAUUAAUACUAUUGCUUUUGCUUUUGGUGUCACCAUGACUUGGCCCUUCAAAGCUUCCCUAUAAAUUUGGUCUGGUUCUAUGGUUGCCUACUCUUGAGAUGUUCAUGAAAAUUUCAACACAUCCCUAGCACAGAGCAGACCAAGAGGAAGGGCAAGCCCAACCAAAAAGUCUACUCUGAAUAUUUUAAUUUAAACAACAUAUUUCCCAUAUUUUUGUAUUAAAUAAACUCAUGGAGUCUAUACUAGUAAACCCAGUGCAUAUUUAUACCACUUUAAGUGUUUUAGGUCUAUAAUUGUUUGGUAAAUAUUGCAAAAAUAAAUAGAUGAGCUGAAUAUUUUCCUGAAGGAAAAGCAAUGUUGUCACUCUGGACUGUCUUUUCCCUUAGGUUUCAUAGUAUCACAGGAUGCGAAUCUUAACAUCGAUGGAAGGCUUUACCUACUGAAAUAUUUAGGGGGGAUAAAGUUAUAUUUCUAGUAAUAGCUAACAUUGUCUGUAUUUUAUGGAGGUUUUGUAUUGUUAUAUGUGUGGGUGAAGACAUUUAAAUGAAAAUGCCUUUUUAAAAUUGUGUCAUGGCUCAACUUAGAAUUGUAAAAUGUUGAUUAAAAUUGAGAAAGUUCAACAAUUCACUGGUUAAUGGUGCUGAAAAAUUACAAUCACCUAUGGUUACAAUUUUGAGGUUUCUUUGAAACUACAGUUAUUAUUAAGUGUGAACUACCAAUAUUUAUCUAUUUUGGUGCUAAAUAUAUGGUGCUAAAUGAAUCAUUAGUAUCAACAGUUUUAAAACUAUUCCUUUUAUUUACUUGAUUCAGAAUAGGAAAAAUUCUAUCUUCACCGUUGUAUGACAGUUGAAUCUGUUUUGUCUUUUUUUUUUUAACAAUACAAUGUUAUUACAUGUAAAUAUAUUUCUUUCUUCA